AUGACGGGCCAGUCAGCUGCCGAGGGAUCUCCCUGCUCUCAUCGACUCUCUGUGCAAAAUCAAGAGGACGAGCAGGACCGAGCAGAGAGUGUGCUCAGCAGUGUAUUGCAAAUCAACUUUAAACACAGUUCUUGCUUCUAUGUUCUGUCUCCAUCUUUCCGUUAUUCCCUCAGGUCUCAGUCUGCGUGUGAUGACACCUCGUCUGAGCUGCAGCGAGUAGCUGCCCUAGAGCCUCAGGAUGCACCGUCCAGAAACUCCUUUAGAGGAAGAGGAGCCCUGUCCAGGUUGGUGAGUUUGGUGGUGAUUCUGAGAGACUGGGCACACAGGAGUCUGAUAGAGGAGGAGGAAAGACCCGAUUCGUUUCUAGAGAGAUUCCGGGGACCUGAAGUACGAGCUCCACCCAGUCAAAGGAGCAACCAUCAACCAGACGCCAAUGGAAACACUAAGGGAAUCACAAAGAAGCAAUGGGAGACAUUUAUAGUUUCUUCCUCUGAUGAUAUUUACUACUACUGGCUGUUCUUCAUCGCUGCUGCUGUGCUUUAUAACUGGGUACUGCUUGUGGCAAGAGCAUGUUUUGAUCAGCUGCAGGCUGAGAAUCCUGUUGUCUGGCUGGUGUUUGACUAUUUGUGUGACAUUGUCUACAUAAUGGAUUCAUGUAUGCGGCUAAGGACAGGUUACCUGGAGCAAGGACUUCUGGUGAAGGACUUGGCGAAACUCAGAGACAGCUACAUUCAUACCUUUCAGUUCAAACUGGACGUUAUCUCCAUACUCCCCACAGACCUGGCAUACAUCAUCUUAGGCAUCAACACACCACAGCUACGCUUCAACCGCCUCUUGCGCUUCUCUCGUAUGUUUGAGUUCUUUAAUCGGACGGAGACGAGAACCAACUACCCAAACAUCUUCCGCAUCUGGAACUUGGUUCUCUACAUUCUGGUUAUUAUCCACUGGAAUGCCUGCAUAUUCUAUGCCAUCUCAAAGUCUCUUGGUUUUGGGUCAGAUCAAUGGGUUUAUCCCAACAUCUCAUCCACAGAAAUAGGAGCUCUGAGUCGGAGCUACAUAUACUGCUUCUACUGGUCCACACUGACCCUCACCACCAUCGGUGAGAUGCCACCACCCGUACGCGACGAGGAAUAUGUGUUUGUGGUGUUCGAUUAUCUUGUCGGAGUCCUGAUUUUUGCCACCAUUGUGGGUAACGUGGGUUCCAUGAUUUCCAAUAUGAACGCCACACGGGCAGAGUUCCAGGCACGGAUUGAUGCUAUUAAACAUUACAUGCACUUCCGCAAAGUCAGUCGCCAUCUUGAGACACGUGUCAUCAAAUGGUUCGACUACCUGUGGACGAAUCAGAAAGCAGUGGACGAACAGGAAGUCUUAAAGAAUCUCCCCGACAAGCUACGUGCAGAAAUUGCUAUCAAUGUUCAUUUAUCUACUCUGAAGAAAGUGCGCAUCUUUCAAGAUUGCGAGGCUGGGCUGUUAGUAGAGCUGGUUUUAAAGCUGCGUCCCCAAGUGUACAGUCCUGGCGACUACAUCUGCCGAAAAGGAGACAUUGGAAAAGAGAUGUACAUCAUUAAAGAGGGAAAAUUAGCAGUUGUUGCUGAUGAUGGAGUGACACAGUUUGCAUUGCUAACGGCUGGGGGUUGCUUUGGCGAGAUUAGCAUUCUUAACAUUCAGGGAAGUAAAAUGGGAAACCGCCGGACAGCUAACAUUCGCAGCAUCGGCUACUCUGACCUUUUCUGUCUUUCAAAGGAUGACCUUAUGGAGGCUGUAACCGAAUACCCAGAUGCACAGAAGGUUCUGGAGGAGCGUGGAAGGGAGAUUCUGAGGAAGCAAGGGCUUCUGGAUGAAAGUGCAGCACAGGGAGGGAUGCUCGUCAUGGAUACUGAUGAGAAGGUUGAACGUCUGGAGAGCUCGCUGGAUGUUCUGCAAGCACGAUUUGCGCGGUUGCUCGGGGAGUUCACAGCCACUCAAAGCAGACUGAAGCAAAGAAUCACAGGGCUUGAGAGACAACUGUGUCACACAGGCCUUGGACUGGUUUCAGAUCAAGAGAUGGACUCUGAGAGUAAUGGUAACUCACCUCGAGCCAACUCGACUAAAUAGAUGUGUGCCUCGAUCUCACGGGAUUUUAUUCCUGCACACAAAUUCACAUUUACAGACAUUUUCUUGUUAAAAUACAUUCCAACAACCUACAGCUUUUUGACUGGUUUUAGACUUGGUUUAUCCAAGUAUUGCCUUUUUAAAACGUUUUUUUUUUAAAAGGAAUACACCAUAUUUAAUUUUCCUUAAAGCAACACUACACUUAAAAAAAAAAUAGGCUAAUUUCCCAA